AUGGCACCCAGAACUCGUGAACAAUGGAUCGCAGACCAGACCAGACCAAUGCCCGCCGUCGUCACCGCCGACCUGACUGGGAAGACGCUCGUCCUUAUUGGUGCCAACGCCGGACUGGGGUUCGAAGCAGCGAAACAUUUCGCUAGGAUGAACCCUGCGCGAUUGGUGUUGACGGCAAGGGAUGAAGUGAAGGGAAAGGAGGCACUCACCCGCAUUCAGCAAGACACUGGCUAUUCCAAGGCGGAGCUAUGGAUCAUCGAUGUCGCCAAUUUCAAGAGCGUCAUCACGUUUGCUGAUAAAGCUGAACGUGAACUGGACCGAUUGGAUAUCCUCGUAGAGAACGCUGGUAUGGCUACUUGGGAGUACGGACAAGUGGAAGGUUGGGAGAGAACCUUGCAUACGAACAACCUCGGUCCCGGUUUAUUGGCGAUCCGGAUGAUCCCAAAGAUGCUGGAGACAGCUCGCAAGCACUCGGUCAUCCCGAGAUUGGUCAUUGUCGCGAGCGAUGUGCACUACUGGACAAAGAUUGAAAAGGACGUCAUUGCGUCUCCGAGGAUCCUCGCGAAGUUGUCAGACAAGCAGUACUUGCUCAACGUCCUCUUUGCCCGAUCCCUGCAGCUCCACGUCCCAUCUUCACCAGCAAUCACCGUCAACUCCGUCAAUCCCGGCUUCUGUUUCUCGGGUCUCCGAACUGGGAUCCGUGCCGAAGAGGCCAAAGCUAUGCGGAAAGAGGAAGAAGAACUUUGCUUCACGACCGAAGAAGGGAGCCGUCAGCUGGUGUACGGUGCUGUUGGGUCACUGGAUGACGAGGAGAAGCUUCGCGGAAAGUUCAUCCAGAUGUCUGAGGUCGUGGAGGAGAGCGAUUUCGUGAUCAGCGAGGAUGGGAAGAUCGUGCAGGAUAAAGUCUGGGAGGAGAUGUUGGACAUUUUGGGUAAUAUCGAUCCUAAGGUCUUGGAGGUUGCAAACACGUAUCUACAGAAGACUUGA